AUGGGGGUCAGGGUUCCUUGCGAGAAAACUUUGGAGAGUGAGGGAACGAAUGUUCCUACCAGUAGUUUCACGAAUGUGGUGGGGCCAAAGGAGAAGGGAAAGGGUGAAGGAAAUGCGAUUGGUGGUGGAAAAAAGGGUUGGUAUUUGUGGGAAAAGGGAUAUAAAGUUGAUUUAGAUGAUUUAAUAAAGGCUUCGAUCAAGGUGUCAGGCAAGGGGACGUUUGGAACUGCAUACAAGGCCGUAUUGGAGACAAGCUUGGUUGUUGUGGUAAGGAGGCUGAAUUAUGUGAGUUUGGGAGAGAAGGAAUUGAGGUCGGUGAUAGUGGUGUUUGCGGUGGUGAUGGUGGGGCGGUGCGAUGUCGGGUAG